GCUUUAAGGCAGCAAACGUCACCUUUCACUCUUCACCUCCAGUGUUAUGCCAUAUGUUAACUGUCAUGGCUGCUUCCAUCGCAUUGAUUCAGGGGGCCAGCAGAGGACUGGGACUUGAAUUCUGCAAACACAUUUUGAAAAACAAAACCCCCGCAGCCGUUAUAGCGACAUGCCGAAACCCGGACGGAGCGGCCGAGCUGCGAGACCUGGCCGGCCAAAACCCGGGCAGACUGACGGUGCUCAGACUGGACGUGAACCAAGAGGAGGACAUUCGUGCAGCUGCGGAUCGAGUCAAGGAGAGCUUCGGUCGGCUGGAUCUGAUCGUCAACUCCUCAGCGAUGCUUCACCCCUCCGGAAAAGGAGAGACUAGCCUGAGAGAUGUUUCUGCUCAGGGCAUCAUCUCCACCUUGAUGACCAACACAGUAGGUCCUCUGGUGAUGGCCAAGUACUUUGCUCCCCUGCUUCAGAAGGGCGGAGGAGGUUUCGGUCAGCAGCCUGCAGAGAAAGCCAAGCAGCACAGCGGCAUCAUCGUCAACAUCACAGCCAAAGUGGGAUCUAUUGGAGACAAUGGUCUUGGUGGUUGGUACAGCUACAGAAUGUCAAAAGCAGCUCUCAACAUGGCUACAAGGAACCUGUCUAUAGAGCUGGGUCGCAGUCGACCGAAGGUGGUGUGUGUGUCCUUACAUCCAGGAACAGUCAACACAGACCUCUCUCGACCAUAUCACAGAAAUGUGCCGAAAGACAAGCUGUUCGAUACCGAACGCUCUGUGAACUAUCUGAUGAGCAUCGUAGACACACUGAGUAUGGAAAAGACUGGCAAGGCGUACAGCUGGGACGGGACUGAACUCCCUUGGUAGAAUCGACUAAGAGAGCCAUGAUUUUGCUGUAUGCUGAAAUGUCAUCAGAUAGGAAAUGCAGGAUGUUCCCGUUGGAGUCACAGGAAAAACUAACCCACUACCUCACAACCAGCCAAAGUGCUUAAAUCACACUUACCACUUGAUCAGUAAUCUAACGGUCAAUUGGAGCAUACCAAGGGCUCAUUUUGGUGGUAGAAAUAACGCAUUACCAUAAUGUAGUUACCAUACUAAUGGGGAGGGUGUUUUGCUAUGUCAGUCAACCAAAUGGUUUAUGAAGAAAUAGUUUGACAUUUUGGGAAAAAAAUUAAAUGAUUAUGCUAUGAAUGCUACACUCAUAUUUGUACAUUCAAUAUGAAGCUAUAAACAGGAAACAGUAAGCUUCAUUUAGGAAUAAAGACUGGAAACAGGGGAAAAUGCUGGCCUGGUACUAAAAUCAAAGGCAAAUAAAUCUGCCUGCUAGCACCACUUAAGCUCACAAAUAAAGCUCAUUAACUUAAUGUGUACAAAAAUCCAAAUGUAAAAAUGUCAAGUUAUAGGGUUUUAUGUGCAGGAAGCUGAUUCCCCUCAUUUCAUUUCUCUCAACAAGAAAACAAAUAAAAGAAUAUAUCCCAAAAUAUUGAACUAUUCCUUUAAGUGUGAUGCCUGAAAACAGAAACUCCUUGAUGUUUUUAAUAAACUAUUGUUGAAUGAAAA